AUGAGAGGAGACCCAGCAAACAGGAACCCAAACCGGUACUACCACUUUCACCGAGACAUCAGGCAUGAUACUGAAAGCUGCCACAGCUUGAAGGACGAGAUCGAGAAGUUGAUCCAUCAAGGUUAUCUAAGGAAGUUCAUCAAGUACGAGAAUAGAGAAAUGGAUCACCGACCUACCAAACAACAGAGAGACGCGCCAGAGUCAAGCAGUAGGAACAACCGCAAUCAGCCACCUCAAGAUCCUCCGGUAGAAGAGAGACCGAUCUGUGUGGUGAUCAAUAUGAUCACUGAUGAGUCGAUUGUAGCGGGUUGUAGCACAGCAAUGGGAAAGGCAUCAGUUCGGGAGAUCGAGCACGAAUAUGAGAACCCGCCAAAGUGCCCUCGGGAAGAGGAGGUGAUCUACUUCAUCGACGAUGAUGCUCACAGGAUUCAGUAUCCACACAAUGAUGCCUUUGUCAUCAAAAUGUUAAUCAGUGACUUCAAGGUGAAGCGGAUCCUGGUAGACUCAGGUAGCUCUGCAGACAUUAUAUUCCUAGAGGCAUUUGACAUGUUGAAGUUGGAACAAAAAGACCUUCGACCGACAGACACCCAUGGUCGGGUUCAAUGGAGACGUGGUGAGGACCCUCAGUAG